AUGUACAUCACGCCUGCGCUGGUCGCCGCUUGUCUCACCCUGGAGGCAUCCGCCUUUCUGGUGCCUCUCGAGGUUGCUACUGCUGCGAAGCAGGCAAAGUCGGAACUCGCCUCCCUCCUCGCUACCACUGGCCAUACUGUCGACCUUGAUUGCCCCGGAUGUCCAUACUUUGGCACUGAAGAGAGCGAGCUGCAAGACGAUGUCGAGAACAAGAUCCACCUCGAAUUCGACGUCGACUCCGAGCUGGGCCUGACCAUCAACGACCUCCCCAUCUUCUCCUCCGACCCCAACACCGCUUCCAUUCCCUUCAUCGUCUCGGCGCCUCAGAUAAGAGUAGAAGACGGUCAACAAACAGAGCCUGUCCAGCUGGAUUUUGCUUGGGAGAGCUUGACGCCCGUAACGGCCGUCGAAGAACCCGACAAAUCUAUCCUCCCCAUUCGGUUUACGAUCCUCGGCCUGCAAGGUUACCCUGUAAAAGUCGACACCAUCGCCAUUGACCUUCUUCGGACCCCCGACCAAACUUCGAUUGCUCGUAUAACCACGAUCCCUUUCGAGGAUACACCCGGGGCCACAACUUGCGACACAACUUCGAAAUGGUCUCUCUGCCGUCUACGGGCCAUCAUCGCCGCCCGUCUCCAAGCAAUUAUGGAAGCGGCCACCGCACGUGCCUCUGCAGCGACCAAGGGCUGGGUGAACAGUGGCAGCAAGGGCUGUCAUGGUCGCAAGGGGCCAAAAUCGUUCGGCCCGAUGGGUGGUGAAGGUCAUCAUCACGGUCAUCACAAAGGUGGUCAUCACAAGGGCGAUCAUCAUCACGGCAACAACCACCACCACCACCAUCAUCAGCAUCAUCACCGCUUCCACCGCUUUGGUCACAUGUUGCACCAGACGCUACGCUUCUUCGUCAUCCCUGCCCUGCUGGGGGUCAUUGGUGGUCUCAUGGCCAGUGCCAUCGGUAUGCUUGUCGGCCAAAUGAUUUCCUACCUGUGGAUCAGAUUCCACCGCCACAGCCAACGCGGUACCGCCAGCCGUGAUAUCCGCGUUGUUGAGAUUGUGAUUGACGAGGAAGAAAAGGAUGCCUUGAUGGCGGGUGAACAGAUUCAAAGUGAGCUCCCUCCUCCGCCGGACUAUAGGGACGUCGAAGCUGGGGCGCGGGAAGAAAAACAGUAA